AAAAAAAGAAGCUAAAAUAUGGUGGGCCCAACCUUCAGGCCCAAAAGGCCCAUUAGAAAUGCUGGACGGACGGCUUCCCUUGAAAUCUCAAGGUUCGGUAGCACGGUUUCACAUGCCUUUGUGGGUAACGAUAUCAUGACAUCUGUAGUUUCAGCAUUCUCAUUCUCCAUCCCCAAUUUCUGCAGGCUCUGUUCAAGGAUUAGGGCUUCGCCAUCUUCUUCACUCCCUCUUCGCUAUCGGAACGGAAAUUCCAGGUUAUUUAGCUCGGUCUCGAUGAGUGAAUCCGUUGAAAGUAAUUCCGUUCCUCCAACGGACGACGGCGGAGCGAAGGCGGAGGAACGAGCCAAGGAGGAGACCGCCGAUGUUUUGGUUCAGUACGUGGUGCUCCGGAGAGAUCUGAUCGACUCGUGGCCGCUCGGAAGCGUCGUAACUCAAGGAUGCCAUGCUUCAGUCUCCGCCAUUUGGUUGAACAAGGACGAUUCCCACACUUCUGAGUACUGUAGUCCUGGUAACAUCGAUUCUAUGCACAAGAUUACUGUCGAGGUGAAAGGAGAAACCCAGAUCGUUAACUUGUCAGAGAAACUCAAAGCAAAUUCAAUCGCCCAUAAACUGUGGAUCGAACAACCCGAGAACAUUCCAACAUGCCUUGCCACAAAGCCCUACCCCAAAUCUCUAGUAUCAGCAUUUUUUAAAAAGCUGAAACUCUGUAAGUGAUGAAAUCUAGAAUUUUUAAGAGUUGAUACGUAAUUUCCUUUACAAACCCCUCUCUCCCACCCAAAAAGGAAAAUAGUGGGAGAGAAGAACGGCUUCUUGAACAAUUCGAAUUCAAAAGAAUUGCUGACUUCUUUA